AAGAUGGCCUUGCUAUUCCUUAGUGGACUUAGCACUAGGUCGCUAACAUGGGUAUUCAGUAAACGAUCUCUUGUCACGUUUCUAUUUUUACACUCAGUUGUUGCAUGAUCAUAGUACUCAUUGGUUUUGACGUGUCAGCAGGUGAAGUCGAGCGUCCGGAUUUAGUUUUCUGCUCGUCUUGUUUGAAACGCCCGGUACUGCCGAGACGGUAUGGCAACGAGAGCAGGGGAAAGGGGCACAAGAGGCCGUGCUGUGCAAAGCUUGAAUGCUUGGACAAGUUCAAUUGGCGGUAGCUUGAUAUCACCACACCUGCAUGUCUUACUAUACAGGUCAUCGGAUCGUCUUUCUUGGAUCCCCAAGCACGGGAUACGGCAGAAACAGUCAGAAAGCAGAAUACCCCUGGGCCAAUUGCACGGUUUCUCUCCAUUUGAACAUGCGGAGUGGCAAACAACCCUGACGCGAUUACAUCCAGUCCUCGUGACGAUUCUCGUAAAAGAUAGUCAGCGCGUUCCAGUAUGGAAAUCGCCCGCCGCUUGGCUUGUAAAUCUCAAUAUCUCGCUUGCUCAAGUAGCAGUAGCCCUCGGUAGUCUUCAGUGCAACGCUUCCUUAUGCAUACUCUGUUUGUUUCUAUUACUAUUGCUUUUGUCAAACACGAGCUCUGAAGAUGUUUCAAUGCUUAUCAAGAGCCGUUGAUCGCGACCGGGAACUAUGUUGCUCUUUUAGCUUUAACAGCUUUCUAUUGGGAACCCGGAUUGCUCGCACCGGUUUUCUCCCGCUGGCUCGCGCCAAUCUUUCAGCC